AUGAGUCAUUAAGGAGUACUGUCAUCAAAGCAAUAAGAAGCAGCCUUCUUUAAAAUACUUAAAAAGUAAUGCAAUUUGAUUUGUGCAGAUUGUUCAUCAAAAUCUCCUACUUGGGUAUCUCUAGAUUUUGGUGUUUUUGUAUGCUAUAAUUGUUCAGGUAUUUCAAUAAAAUAUUGUUUUAGGAUAACAUAGAGCCUUAGGUUAAAAUAUAACUAGGGUUAGAUCAACUAAAUUAGAUUGUUGGACCCAAGAAAAUGUUGAUUUGAUGGAUGCUUUGGGAAACGAUUAGAAUGAGUAAAUUAUUUUUUAUACAUAUAUAUAGGUAUUGGGAAUGCAGAUUACAAAAGAAUAACAAGAUUCAACCAUCUGCUACUCCGGAAGAAAUUAAAUUCUUUGUUUAAGAAAAGUAUGUAAAGAGAACUUGGGUAAAGUAGGGUCAGGCUGAUCCAAAAACUAGAUAUACAUAAUGUCUUAUGAGUGGGGUACCUUUUAGAGUUGUAAAAACUAACACAUUUUUUAGUGAAAAUGGAACUCAAGGUUAACAGGUAAAAGAUGAUAUGAAACAAUUUCAUUCUUCUCAAUAGUAAGGAAUACAAAGAAAUACUAGGUAAUUUAGUAUAGACUCUAAAUAAACAUAAAUAGAAGCUAAUCUUAUCUCACCAGAUAAGGGUAGUCAAUUUGAUUGGAAUUCAUUUCAUCAUUUUUCUACUUUUUCUGGUGUACCCAAUAAUCAUUCAUAUUAAACAAACUAAUUAUAAAUACCUCCUAAAAAAUAAUAAUUGAAUGAGGAUUAAUCACCAAGUUUCAAAGCAAAAAAUAAUAACUUAAAUGAAUUUGAUUUAUUAACCUAUUCAACCUUAGCAGAUAAUUAAUAAUUAAUGUCUCAUAAUACAGCUAAUUAAUCAACUUAAUAAUAAUAAACUCAUUAGCAAUUCAAUAGUCAAAAUUCGUAAUGUAAUACAAUAACUUAAUAAUCAUGGUAAUAAGCUUAGAAAGAGGCUUAAGUACUAUCACAGUAACAAGCAAAUUAAUAAAUAUGUUAUUCAAACCAACAAAAUUAAUUAAUAAACUCUGGAAAUAAUGCUAACGGGUCUAUUAAUUAAUAAUAGAGUUGUGGAUAAUAACCAUUAUAAUAAACAUAAUAAUCGUAGUAAUAACAAUCAUAAUAAUAUAAUUAAGCAAGUAGUAAACCUCCACUUCCUGGAAAAUAAAAUGUUUAAACCAAUUAUUAAACAAAUAAUUUUACUUAUUAAUAAAUAAAUAAUCAAUAAAAUUGUUAAACUAAUUAAUAAUAGCCUAAGUUAUAAUAAUAAUUAACAAACUAAUAAUAAUAAUAUCAAAAUAUGAAUCAAAAUUAAUAAAAUAAUACAUAAAGUUUUGGAUUUAAUAAUAAUACUGAUAUAAAUAAUUAUUAGAAAAUAUAUUAGGGUUAUAAUAAUCUCUCAUUUUCAAUAAAUUAAGUAAGUCAGAGUAAUAAUAAUAAUAAUAAUAAUAAUAAUAAUAAUAAUAAUAAUAAUAAUAAUAAUAAUAAUAAUAAUAAUAAUAAUAAUAAUAUUAAUAAUAAUAUUAAUACUUUUUAUUAUAAUAACUAAUAAUAUAACAAUUUUGAUACAAUUAAUUAAUUUUCAACUUAAAAGUACUAAAAUAAUCCCUUUGCAAAAGAUGCGCAAGACAUAAGGAACCUUUAUAAUACUCAAUAGCCGAGCAAGUAUGAUUAAUUGAGAAACAAUCCUUUUGUUUGA